CUCUUGAGGUUUUAGGAAAACAAGCCAAAACCCAGAAGCAGGAGAAUCUCAGUUUCAUCACCUGAAUUGAUGUACCUGUAAUAUUCUGUGAUGACUCUUGUGCCCAGUCGCCAACUUUACCCAACGAGCUUAUUGGAGAGCUCCUUGUCUAAGUUCCAUGGCACCCACUUCCACUUGUUCAGGUAUUCCUCAAUUCCCUUCAAGAAGCAAAGUUUCCAUGCAACCCAGUACUUUAUUACCUCUAGUUUAACUCCUGAGCAAAACCCACCAAGGAAAUUGAAUCUGUUGAUAUGCCAAUACAAACCCACCAAGAAUUUGUCUAGUUGCAGUUGGAUUGAUAGAUGGAAUGAUUCUAGGAAACAACAUGGCCCGAGGCGUCCUCGGGCCGUGUUGGACUACCAGAGCAAUGAAAGUGGGAAUUUGAGUAGUGAUGGUAAUGAUGGUGGUAGUACAAUGGACAAAAUUGUGGAGAAAUUGAAGAAAUUUGGGUACAUUGCAGAGGAUAAGAAUGAGGGUAGAGGUGAAGUGAGAGAGAGAGUGAUUGAGAAGGGUUCUGUGGAGGAUAUAUUUUAUGUUGAGGAAGGAAUGUUGCCGAAUUCGAGAGGUGGGUUCUCGGGGGUAUCACCAUUAGGGACAGAGGAUGUAUUUGGAGAUGGUGGUGGUGAGGUGAGGUUUCCGUGGGAGAAGCCCAGGGAGAGAGAGAAGGAAGAAGGCGGUUCGAUCAGGAGGAGGAGUAGGACUUCAUUGGCAGAAUUGACUCUUCCUGAGUCAGAGUUGAGGAGGCUAAGGAAUCUGACGUUUCAGAAGAAGCACAAGACUAAGAUCGGUGGUGCUGGUGUUACUCAAGCAGUAGUGGAGAUGAUUCAUGAGAGAUGGAAGACGGCCGAGAUUGUGAGAUUGAAAAUCGAAGGUCCACCUGCGCUCAACAUGAAAAGAAUGCAUGAGAUAUUGGAGCGAAAAACAGGUGGGUUGGUGGUCUGGAGGUCUGGCACAUCGCUUUCUUUGUACAGAGGUGUGAGCUAUGAAGUUCCUUCAGUGCAACUAAACAAGCAGAUAUUCAAGAGAAAUGAAAUUUCUUCUACAUCUUUACCAACUGUAGCUGAUAAGUCAGUGGCGGAACCUUAUGUGUGUGCUACUUAUAGUAAUGUAAAGACACCCCUCGAAAUGUCAGAGAAUGCAUCACAGGAGACGGAAGACACAGAACAGUUGCCAGAAGUGAAGUAUGAAGAUGAAGUAGACGAACUUCUAGAUAGCAUAGGCCCUAGAUUCAAGGAUUGGCCAGGAUGUGAUCCAUUACCUGUAGAUGCAGACAUGCUUCCAGGGAUAGUUCCUGGUUUCCAACCACCAUUCAGAAUACUUCCUUAUGGAGUGCGAUCAACUCUUGGAUUAAAGGAGGCCACAUCUUUAAGAAGGCUGGCUCGGGUUCUUCCACCACAUUUUGCUUUAGGUCGAAAUAGGCAACUCCAGGGCUUAGCAGUGGCUAUGAGUAAACUAUGGGAAAGAAGUUUGAUUGCAAAAAUUGCACUGAAACGUGGUGUUCAGUUGACUACUAGUGAGAGAAUGGCUGAAGACAUUAAGAAAUUGACAGGGGGUGUGCUGCUAUCUCGAAACAAGGACUUCCUGGUCUUUUAUAGGGGAAAGAAUUUUUUGUCUGCAGAAGUCACUGAAGCAUUAGUGGAAAGGGAGAGAUUGGCAAAAUCCCUUCAAGAUGAAGAGGAACAGGCCAGGUUGAGAGCAUCAGCGAUGGUUAUGCCAAGUAUUGAACCAGCUCAACAUUUUGGUACAGCUGGUACACUUGGGGAGACUUUGGAUGCAGAUGCUAAGUGGGGAAAGAGGUUGGAUGUUCAUCAUAAGGAAAAGGUGACGCAAGAAGCAGGAAUAUUAAGGCAUGCCAAACUAGUUAGAAAGCUUGAACAGAAGCUUGCCUUUGCUGAACGAAAGCUCAUGGGAGCUGAACAAGCCUUAUCUAAGGUAGAGGAAUCAUUGAAACCAUCAAAGCAGCAAGCAGACCCAGAAAGCAUUACUGAUGAGGAGAGGUUUAUGUUUCGUAAGCUUGGUUUGAAGAUGAAAGCUUUCCUACUUCUUGGUAGACGUGGAGUUUUUGAUGGUACAGUGGAGAACAUGCAUUUGCACUGGAAGUACCGAGAAUUGGUCAAGAUAAUGGUGAAUGCUAAAAAUUUUGAUCAAGUGAAAAAAAUUGCAUUAGCACUUGAAGCUGAAAGUGGAGGUGUCUUGGUUUCAGUAGACAAAGUCUCCAAAAAAUAUGCUAUAAUUGUGUACCGGGGAAAUGACUAUCAGCGACCUUCUAUGCUGAGACCAAAGAAUCUUUUGACCAAAAGGAAAGCUUUGGCUCGUUCUAUUGAGCUUCAGAGGCAGGAGGCUCUUCUGAAACAUAUUGCAGCUGUGCAGAGUAGGGUGGAUAGACUAAGAUCUGAAAUUGAGCAAAUGGAUACUGUGAAGCACCAUGGAGAUGAAGCAUUGUACAACAAAUUAGAUUCUUGUUAUCCUACUGAUUAUGAGGAUACUGAGGAAGAAGGGGAUGCUUAUCUUGAAACAUAUAGCAGCAAAAAUGAUGGUGAAGAAGACAGCACUUCCUCAGUUCACAGUACUUCCCUGGAAAACCAAUUUUCCUUUUCAUUUCCAGAAUGAGGAAUCUCAAGCAGAAUUGGAAUUUCCUAAGCAAUGUAUACACACAUCGAGCAAGGGUAUGAGUGUUGGAGCGGAUGCAGAAGAGCAAGAUAACUGCUUACGAUGAUGGAAUGAACUGAAUGUAAGGACAGGGUUCAAAUAUGGUAACACUAAUUCUUGUUACUUGUCACCAUGUACAAAUUAUCUCCAUGUAUCUAUUUCUUAUUAGCUCUUUAGAAGGCAAUUUGCCGUGUUUAAUUGUGAACCACGAAGAGAU